UGAAGCCUGCAAAGCAAAGCAAGGCACGCGGUUAAUGGGGCAGCGCGAGGAUGCGGCUUUGCGGCCUUUAGCGACCCGUAGUGAAGGGCUCCACCUUCUCCCCACCCCAGUCUUCACCGCACACCGCACCAAUGUCUGCCCCAGACCACGACUGGUUUCCCACUCACCUGCGAGUGACGGUUAUCCGAGCGCGGGGCCUGAGGCCUAAGGGCAAAAAUGGACUGAACAAGUGUUACACGGUGAUCCAGCUCGGGGAGGAGAAGUUUGUGACCUCGGUGAAGGAGGGGACGCUGAACCCGGAGUGGAAGGAGCAGUGCUCACUGCAGCUGCCCCUAGUGCUGGACAGCUCGGACAAGUGGGUCCUGCACCUGGUCGUCAAGCAGAGCAACGCCGUGACUCCCGACAAGUUCCUGGGACACGUGUCGCUGCCCGUGGUCCUGCUGUACGAGGACAAGACCAAAAGAAAGGACGAAUGGUAUAGCCUCAUCUCAAAACCAAAUAAGGCAGUGAAGAACAGAGGCCAGUUGCAACUCACAUUCCAAUUUCUGCGGGACAACAUGACUGCUAGCUCCUACGAGCUCUCAAAGGCAGGACCUCAGUCUGUGUUCAAUAAGUUCAAGGAAAAGGUAGCAUCUAUCAAGUAUGGGGUGAAUCAUGACUUGAUACCAUCAGUCAGACCUGCCAUUGUGAGUUCAUUGAUUUUAAUGAUGAGAAUCUGGUUGCAUUUCUCCCUCCUUCCACACAAGUACACAUUACACUCAGUGACUAGGUAGAUCUUCCUUGUAGCUGCACUCUUAGCUCUUAGCAAAUUAGCAAGUUGGAAGCUCAAAAGGUGCUAGAACUUCAGGGAUGGUCUCU